AUGGCCCAGCAGAGAGCCCUGCCGCAGAGCAAGGAGAUGCUGCUGCAGUCUUAUAACAAGCGGCUCAAGGAUGUCAAGUCCAUCAUGGACAACUUCACCGAGAUCAUCAAGACCGCCAAGGUCGAGGACGAGACGCAAGUGUCAAGGGCCACUCAGGGCGAGCAGGACAACUACAAGAUGCACGUUCGAGCUGCCAACAUUGUCCGAGCCGGUGAGUCCCUGAUGAAACUGGUGUCUGACCUCAAGCAAUUCCUCAUCCUCAAUGAGUUCCCGUCAGUGAAUGAGGCCAUUGACCAGCGCAACCAGCAGCUGCGAGCCCUGCAGGAGGAGUGUGACAGGAAGCUCAUUGCUCUGUGGGACGAGAUCUCCAUCGACCUGUAUGAGCUAGAGGAAGAGUAUUACUCGUCCAGGUACCGAUAG